AUGGGGGUGAAAUUGGAGGUGUUUCGGAUGGUUCUCUACCUCACUUUCCCCGUGGCCAUGUUCUGGGUUGCCAAUCAGGCCGAUUGGUUUGAGCACAACGUCAUUCAGCACAAGAGGGAGCUGUGGCCUCCUGAAAAAAAAAAAAAAAAAAAAGAAUUCAAGGAUGGGUUAAGGAAACAGCGGGAAGAGAAGCUACUUCGGGCUGUCCAGCACAGCUCCUGAAGCGGCCAAGUCUGGAGCCCUGCCCGCUAUGAAAUAGCUCUCGUGAAAUAACACACAAGCAUGCAUGAAAUAACAUACGUUUUACACACA